CGGUGAAAAAACGUUUCGUUCGUGGGCUGACGCACGGGCUCUCCUCCCCCCGCGCAGCGCCCCCGAGCUCCAGAUCGGGAGGGGAGCUCCCGAUCCAGAGCCCCUCGCCGCCCCGCUGCCUUCGCGCUCGGCCUCGCCACCGGCCGCUGCGCCGCCGUCGACCAUAGCCGGACCUCCACGUCUCGCGCCCCUUCUUAUGGUGCAGCCAUGGCCACCGGCCGCUGCGCCGCUCACCACGACGAGCUGCUCAACACUCUCCUCGCCGCCGCGGGCAACGGCCGGGAGGAGGAGGAGGACGCGCGGGAGGCACGGCAGCGUCAGAAUCAACGCGUCGAAUCCGGCCUCGGCUUACGGCAACACGGACGUGGAUGCUCUGGCUGCGACCGCCGUGCUCUAUGCCCCGACCCUGCUCGCCGAGUCCGUCCGACCUGGUGAUCUCGCCGGCCAGCGACGGGAGGAGGGUGGCAAGCUGAGCCGGAGGAGAGCGAGGCGUCCACGUUACUUUAAGUGCAAAGCAGAGAAACACACACACACACACACACACACACUCAGGCACGAGCACAAGCUCUCCUCGCCUAUGGUUACGGCGCCGCCGCCGCCAUGCGCGGCCGCGCGGAGCGGAGGCCGUGAUGGCAAGGCAGCCCUUUGGAGGCGCUCCUCCCUGACCAGGCCCAACCCCCGCUCCACCAGCUCGACCUCCUAUUUCCUUCCCAAUGCCGGGCACUGCCCGCUCUCCUCUCUGAUUUCCGGCAUGGAAAACCCUCUUCUCCGACUUUCGGCCUCUCCCCAACCUCUGACCGGUGCUGCGGGACAUAUAAAACAUCUGCCCUCCAUGCCAUUGCAACUUCCAGCCUCGACGUCCAUCGCCUUCUCUAGAUCCAGCGGCCAUCUGCACGGCUGCACGCCAACUGUUCGGUCAAUUGACCCAACAGACACGAGGAAGAUGAGUGUAUCGUGCAAGAGGAGAUCCUGGCCGCCGUCCUGUGCCUCGGCGACCAGUACGACCAUGUCCUCGCGUGCCUCCUGCUGGUUGAUCCGGUCUUACACACCUCAUGUACCCAGGGCCAUCCACACCCAUUUUGACCGUUCAUUAGAUGUUUAUCGGCUAGCAGGGGAGGCCAUGAACAAUCUUUAAAAAAAACCAGGUGCAAGUGCUGAGUUACAACACGACAUCGACGACGCAAAAGCCAGUAUGUUUGAGCUAAGGGAACGAGCUAGGGACAGUACCACCCGGCUACCCCAGCACUUAAGCUGACUGUCCAAUUCCACUUUCAUCCAUGGAGGCUGCGGUUUAAUCCUCAG